UGCCGUAGGUUAAUAAUCUUGUAGGAGCUUGAGUGUCGGUCAAAGUGUAAGUGAACUGGUGCUGACUGCUUCAGAGCGGCUGAAACCUUCACAUUUCUCCACAAUGACAGCACGAAACAUAUCUCGGUUUUGGGAAUGGGGGAGAAAAAUUAUUUGUGUUGGGAGAAACUAUGCAGAUCACGCCAAAGAGCUGAAAAAUGCCAUUCCCACAGAGCCCGUCCUGUUUCUGAAGCCUCCUUCUGCAUACGUGAGGGAGGGAUCCCCGAUCCUGGUGCCCCUGUACACCAGCAACCUGCACCAUGAAGUGGAGCUAGGGGUGGUGAUCGGGAAAGGGGGCACGGCCAUCCCUCAGUCCGCCGCUAUGGAUUAUGUUGCAGGCUACGCUCUGUGUUUGGACAUGACAGCCCGGGACAUCCAGGACGAGUGCAAGUCCAAGGGUCUGCCCUGGACCCUGGCCAAAGCUUUCAACACCUCCUGCCCGGUCAGUGAGUUCAUCCCCAAAGAGCGCAUCCCUGACCCGGGCAACGUCAAACUGUGGCUGAAGGUGAACGACCAGCUGCGGCAGAGCGGCUGCACCUCCCAAAUGAUUUUCUCCAUCCCUCAUCUCAUCAGCUACAUCAGCGACUUCAUCACCCUGGAGGAGGGGGAUCUCAUCCUCACCGGGACCCCCAAAGGAGUCUCCGCCGUGCAGGAGCACGACGAGCUACAGGCUGGGAUCGAAGGUGUGGUUUCCAUGAGCUUCAGAGUAGACAGAGACCAGCAGUGACAACAAAUGACAGCCCUGAUGAGGAAAAACAAAAAUGCUCAGACUCAUGACAAGAGAGUGAUUUUACUGUAAACUUGAAUGUUAAUUCUUAAAAUAAAUAUCUUUUCAGUA